UCCCUUCCUACAAAAUCCAAAACCCUACGACAACAGUAACAGAGCUUCAGAUUUUGAGACCCCCUUCUUCUUCAUCGGAAUCGAAACCCUUCGCCCCCGAAAAUGCCUCCAAAAGCUGCCAAAUCGAAGGAAGCUCCGGCUGAGAGACCCAUCCUCGGUCGAUUCUCUUCUCACCUCAAGAUUGGCAUUGUUGGUUUGCCAAAUGUUGGAAAGUCUACCCUUUUCAACACUCUCACCAAGAUGGCAAUACCUGCUGAGAACUUCCCUUUUUGCACCAUUGAGCCUAACGAGGCACGUGUCAAUGUCCCCGACGAGCGUUUUGAGUGGCUUUGUCAGUUGUUCAAGCCAAAAAGUGAGGUCUCAGCUUUCUUAGAAAUCCAUGACAUAGCUGGAUUGGUUCGAGGUGCUCAUCAGGGACAAGGGUUGGGCAAUAGUUUUUUAUCUCACAUCCGUGCCGUGGAUGGCAUUUUUCAUGUUUUGCGUGCCUUUGAGGAUUCAGAUAUUGUCCAUGUAGAUGAUUCUGUUGACCCCGUGAGGGAUCUAGAGACUAUUACUGAAGAAUUACGGCUCAAGGAUAUUGAAUUCAUGGAAAGAAAGAUAGAAGAUGUUGAAAAGAGCAUGAAGAGGAGCAACGACAAGCAGUUGAAAAUCGAGCUUGAAUGUUGUCAAAAGGUCAAGGCAUAUAUUGAGGAAGGAAAAGAUGUACGCCUAGGGGAGUGGAAAGCUGCUGAUACUGAUAUUUUAAAUUCCUUUCAGUUGCUAACUGCCAAGCCUGUUGUAUACUUGGUUAACAUGACGGAAAAAGAUUACCAGAGAAAAAAGAACAAGUUUCUUCCCAAAAUUCAUGCAUGGGUCCAGGAGCAUGGUGGGGGAUCAAUUAUUCCUUUCAGCGGUGUCUUAGAGAGGAAUCUUGCAGAUUUGCCUUCAGAUGAAGUGGCUAAGUAUUGUGAAGAGAAUAAAGUUCAAAGUGCCCUUCCCAAAAUAAUUAAGACUGGAUUUGCAGCUAUUAAUCUCAUUUACUUUUUCACAGCUGGACCUGAUGAGGUUAAGUGUUGGCAAAUUAGACGCCAAACAAAAGCUCCUCAAGCUGCAGGGACUAUCCAUACUGAUUUUGAAAGAGGAUUUAUUUGUGCUGAGGUAAUGAAAUUUGAUGAUCUGAAGGAACUCGGUACUGAGUCAGCUGUAAAGGCUGCUGGCAAGUAUAAACAGGAAGGGAAAACCUACGUGGUCCAAGAUGGGGACAUCAUAUUUUUCAAGUUUAAUGUUUCUGGUGGUGGAAAGAAGUAAAAAGUUCAGCUUUUAUAUCAGUUUCAUGGAGUAUGUGUUGCAUGAUAGCCAUGCCCACCAUGUUACACAAUUUGUAAAAGCUUGAAAAUGUAAUUUUUGGACCAUUUCCUACAUAAUCUAGGGGAUUUUGACUUCUAGGCCAUUUCAAAGUUGCAAUGCGUUAGGCUACGUCUUAUAACCGAUUUUAAAUAUAUUAUUGUUGUUGAGUUGAUGCUUAUUGUUAUUGAAUGUUUGACCAAUCAGUAUGAUGAUUGAGGGUGGCUUUAUGGUGUGUGCAGUUGGAACUUUAAGGUUACUACUGAAUGGUUGAAAUACGUAUCUUUGGCAAUGAUUAAACUGAUUUUUUGUCGUUCUGAAA